AUGGAGGGCAUAGAUGCACAUCUGAUUUACUUGGACGAAUUUAUAAAUCCACAUCUUUUUGAUAUUGCUCUUUCCAGUCCAAGCUUGGAACAGCAACCUGACCCACAAAAUACUAACCUUGGUUCUCAUAAGUCUCUCAAUUUAUCGAACCCAUUUAUUGCUAACAAUAAUGCUAAUGACAGGACAGACUUCAAUACAAAUAACUUGUACCAGUACCAAUCAUCAGUGAAUCCACCACUAAAUAACCCAAAUAAUAACGUUAAUAUUAAUCCUAAUUCAUUCAGAAAUCCAAAUACUAGCCAAACACUUGGCCAAACAGUGCCAAAUCCCAUGAAAAAAGCUUUAGUAGAUAUUACUAACGUUUUUACCAAAACCCUUAAAGACUUGAGCGAUUUUUAUACAAAACCUAAUAAAAAGCCCACUAUCCUUUUUCAUGGCUUCGACUAUGAUGACCCUAUUUUCUUUGUUAGGACACUGGAAAGAUUCAAUCAAAUUUCACUUUUCGCUAAUGCAACUUCUUCUCUUUAUGGUGACAAACAAAAACCCACUGAGUCUGUGAAUGUUUUCAUUGCCAGAAAGUUAGCUCUUUUUGCUAGGCUCGAUCCAUACAAAAGUGAAGAACUGAAAGCUGCCCUCAUUAUUGAACAGCUGCGACCUGAUCUUCGAUCCAGGUUGAGAAGAUUUGGGGUGCCUCUCACUUGUGAAGAAUUAAUGAACACAGCAUCAUCUGUAGAAAGGGACCUUCUGGACGAAAAUACCCUUCACGUUUACAAUCAACCAAAAUUCGAGGCCAAAAGCAAUCCUUCAGUUCCUGUGUCUGACCAAACGACAUUUAUACCACCAUUACAUAAGCAAGACAAGAACAAAAAGCCACCAUCACCUUGCAAAUAUUGUCAACAGUGGCACUAUCACAAAGAUUGCCCAAAAAACCCUUUCAACAAUAAGAAUGGGGCGGAAAACAGAUGGGGGGCCGGCCAGGGUCAGCAUCGAUCUGGACCGGCCAAUUCCAAUCCCACGCCGUUCACAACCCAUGACCCAAAACUCCCUAGAAUUGACAUUCACAUUUUCAACAAAACUAUUUCUGCUUUAAUGGAUACUGGCUCAAGUAUUAAUAUCAUACGUUCAGAUUUAAUUGCCGACUUUAAAAUUGAUAUAAAAGUCAAUAAUCAAAAAUUCGUAUCAGCCUGUGGAGAAACACCUACUUCUUCAGGAACAAUAAAUUUAGAUUUUUCAAUAAACUCUUUAGCUUGUAACUCAGAAUUUAUCCUUUUACCAAAAUUACAGGAACAAUGUAUCCUAGGAGAGCCUUUCCUGAAAUCCAAUAAUGUUAUCUUGGAUUUUACUAGAAAGUGUGCCUAUAUAGAACGUAGGAACCAAGAAUUGAAAAAGGUUUUACGAACUUUACUGGUAGGAAAAUCCGAGAAAAAAUGGGACUUGUAUCUGGACAAAGCCCUAAGAACCUUAAGGUCCAGAAAAAAUUUGGCCACAGACAUGACUCCGGCUAGGGCCCUUUUAGGCUAUGAAUUAGCUGAUUCAGGUGAGUGGCUUACACCAAUGUAUAGGAACAAUCGCUUGAAACAACAACAAGUACCUCCUGAGGAACGUAUUCUUCAAAUCAAAGCCAAUCAAUCCCGAUAUCAGGCUAAAUAUUCUGAUAAGACAAAAUCCCCUAAUGUGACUUUCAACCUUGGUGAUAAGGUUAUGGUACGAGAGAUGAGGCAACUCAGAGAUCCCUUUGGCCCAGUUUGGUCAGGUCCUUUCGAAGUUGUCAAAAAAGACAGUUCACUCGUUUAUACAAUUUUAAGAGACAGUAGGCUGGUCAGUAUUCACGUCAAUGACCUUAGACCUGCUCCCCUGGGCAACGAACCCCCUACAUUUGAUGUCUCUGAGUCGGAUAAUGAUUCCAUUGACUAUCCAGAUGUUCUAGAUAAAGAUUUAUCUCAGGAAGAAAGUAACCCUGAAAGUGAUGAAGUAAAUUACACCCAAACAAACCCUCAAAGUACCGAAGUACUUCUUAGUUCCUUUGAACGAUCUUCACCAACACAUUCCAUUGAAUGUCAUUCACCAAAUCCUUCUAAAGCUGAUGCUCGAAGUCUUGUUCUACAAAGAACUGAUCAUUCUUCAGAUGAAGAUGAUUUACCUUAUGCCCCAAAAAACUUAAAAUUGACCCCAAUCAGACCUUAUAAACCAAGUUCCAACUUUGAACCACAUCCUGUCUCAAUACAGGAAAACCCUAUUGGUUUACGCCUAAGAAGACCCGUAAAACCGAAAACGUGUACUUUUCACGACUGUAAUUGUUAA